AACCACAAUAAUAUUCCACGACCCUCCGAUACUCCUGUUAAGCAUCCAUGUAACCAACCGAAAGGUCACGGGUCUGUUCAUCAUCUACUGAAGAUGGAUCCAAUGGAUAAGUAUGGGACAUAUGAAAGCAGUGGUCAACCAGAAGAGCUUUUUGAUCACUCAGUACAUUGGAGUGAGGUUAAAGAGGAGGCUGAAGAAUGUCCGAUUUCAGCUGUCUCGUUAGGAGUUGAAACAUCCCAGGUUUGUCCAAAGGAGGACCCUGAUGAACAAGAUCCCUCAUUUGACACAGUUUCAGACAUCUAUGGAGUUACAGAGCAAGAGCAUGGACAUAAAGGCAUGACAUAUCUCAAAGUAAAGGUGCCGCCUUCUCCAGUCCCAGUCAAAGAGGAGUCUAAAGAAUGCUCCCAUCUGCCAGUAGAUGAAGAGGAAGUUGCCUUAAUUACAGUGAAGAAAGAAGAGAAUGAAGACUGGUUGAAGUCAGAAGAUGAGGAUGUUGUGAAAGUGUCAGUGCCUUGGGAGCUGUUGGAAACAUCACCAUCAUCAUCAUGUUCAGAUACAGAGGACAGUGAGAUGGAAAGUGAUAAUGUGCAGGACUGUGAAAACCAUGAGAGUGACAUUUCACGAGGUUUAAUGAUUGAAGAUUGUAGCAGGAUUGAUCCAGGGAUGACGCCAGAUACAGAUGUGAAAGCUAAUGCUGUCGAUUUCAGUGAAUCUAAAGGGGGGUCCUCCUUCUACCCAUGCCCCCAUUGUACACUUGGUUUCACCAUAGAACGUUUUUUCCAUGGGCAUCUCAAGAGGGCCCACCCUGAAGAGUACAUCGCUCUGCUGAAGUCUGGGGAAAUAAUAGCAACAAAAAAAAAGUGUUCACAGCUGCCCCCAGCCACAUGCCCGCAAUGUGGCAAGAGCUUCUCCAAUAAAUAUGUUAUGGAAAAGCAUCAGAGGAGUCACACAGGAGAGAAGCCAUAUCACUGUGCAGACUGUGGGAAGAGCUACGUCUUUGCUGAUUCACUCAAAAAACAUAAAAAAAGAUGUGGGAAAGGAUUCCGAAGACAAACCCAACUGACCAGCCAUGAAACGAUCCCCACAGGAGAGAGACAAUAUAAAUGCUCUCAGUGUGGAAAAGGAUACCGAACACCCGCCAGUCUAAAAGCACACCAGAAAACCCACCCAGGAGAAAAGCCUUAUCAGUGCUCUCAGUGUGACAAAUGUUUUGUCUUUUCCAGAGACCUUAAGAGACACAGAUGGACUCACACUAGUGAGAGACCAUAUAAAUGCUUUGAGUGUGGCAAAGGAUUCGUCGAACAAACCCAACUGACUAGCCAUGAGCUUAUCCACACAGGAGAGAGACCGUAUAAAUGCUCUCAGUGUGCAAAAGGAUACCGAAGACCAGCCCAUCUAAAAAGACAUAAAAUGACCCACACCUAAUGAUUGCCUCCGGGGCAAGAAGUCAUUCUACUGGCUGGAAGAUUUGAUAACUUGGAACUUUGAUAUGCCCGUAGAGUAUAUUAACUCUGGAACUUUGAUAUUCCUGUAAUAUACAGUGCCUUGCGAAAGUAUUCGGCCCCCUUGAACUUUGCGACCUUUUGCCACAUUUCAGGCUUCAAACAUAAAGAUAUAAAAGUGUAUUUUUUUGUGAAGAAUCAACAACAAGUGGGACACAAUCAUGAAGUGGAACGACAUUUAUUGGAUAUUUCAAACCUUUUUAACAAAUCAAAAACUGAACAAUUGGGCGUGCAAAAUUAUUCAGCCCCCUUAAGUUAAUACUUUGUAGCGCCACCUUUUGCUGCGAUUACAGCUGUAAGUCGCUUGGGGUAUGUCUCUAUCAGUUUUGCACAUCGAGAGACUGAAAUUUUUUCCCAUUCCUCCUUGCAAAACAGCUCGAGCUCAGUGAGGUUGGAUGGAGAGCAUUUGUGAACAGCAGUUUUCAGUUCUUUCCACAGAUUCUCGAUUGGAUUCAGGUCUGGACUUUGACUUGGCCAUUCUAACACCUGGAUAUGUUUAUUUUUGAACCAUUCCAUUGUAGAUUUUGCUUUAUCUUUUGGAUCAUUGUCUUGUUGGAAGACAAAUCUCCGUCCCAGUCUCAGGUCUUUUGCAGACUCCAUCAGGUAUUCUUCCAGAAUGGUCCUGUAUUUGGCUCCAUCCAUCUUCCCAUCAAUUUUAACCAUCUUCCCUGUCCCUGCUGAAGAAAAGCAGGCCCAAACCAUGAUGCUGCCACCACCAUGUUUGACAGUG